AGUAGUGUACAAGGUGAGAACACGUUGGGAGGUUCUCUAAUGGGCUGAUAAUAAAGGCCCAAUUAACUGUCAACCACCUGACCGAAUCUAAAUCAUCAUAUCUUUCCGGAGGUUUAAUAUUAAACCGACUUCGAGGUCAUAAAUUGAUUAUUUGGGGUCAAAAGUGUCUCUUUCUUGUUCGUUGUUCAGUGGAGAUCUCCUUGGAAUCGAAAGGAUCUAACUAAGAAAUGGAUUGGCAAGGGCAGAAAGUGGUGGAGCAGCUGAUGCAGAUCUUACUGGUGAUCUCCGGCGUCGUAGCGGUGGUCGUUGGCUACGCAACGGAGUCGUUCAGGGCGAUGAUGCUGAUCUACGCAGGUGGUGUUGUUCUCGCGACGCUGGUCACCGUACCUAACUGGCCGUUCUACAAUCACCAUCCUCUCAAAUGGUUAGAUCAGAGCGAAGCCGAGAAGCAUCCCAAACCACAAGUCGUCGCCAAGAAGAGAUUCUCCAAGAAGUAGAUCUGAUGAAUCUCUCUCUCACUCGGUUGCGGAUAAUGAAAUGAAUUUUUGGUGUGUUUUUUUUUUUUAUGGAUUAAACUCUUUUAACAUUUAAGUUGUUCGUCAAAGGAAUUUGCUUUUUUAAUGAUUUGUGGUAACAUUGAGUGAUGAAUGAGUUAGAAACUUUCGAUUUA